AUGUUUUUGUAUUCUCUGUUAUAUUCCGAAUUAUCUGGAUCACAUCCUGAUGCAGAUAAGAAAUCAGGUCUUACUUAUAUGAGAUUCUCUCCCGAAUUACAAUUGGCAAAAUUACCAUAUCUUAGCCUUGCAAAUUAUACAGAGCAUUACACGCAAUUCGGUUAUAUUCAUCCUGGUGGAAACAAACCAAAGUCAGACUACAAUACAAUUAUCUUAGCAGGUACAUAUUUAAGCAAUGAAACAAUGAAUGUCACUUUUAGACUUAUUUCUCAACCAAAAGGAGCGGCGCUUUUAUUUGAUGGCAAGUUCAUUAUUAACAAUGCCACAUUACCAACAAAAAUUUGUGAAAAUCCAUCAGCAGAAUCAGAAGCUUUCUCUGAAAUACAAACAAUUUAUAAGAACAGAUAUCAUCAGAUUACAAUUUUCCACAAUGCUGGAUGCUUCAAUGACUUCAGAAAAGUAGAAUUAACUGUCAAAUUCCCGAAUUCAACCAGAUACGUAAAUCUUCCAACAGAAAGCAUCUUCACCUUCCUUACAUCCGAGUGUGCAGAGAACUACUAUGGUCCAACAUGCUCAGGCGACUGCACAUUCUCAAAUUGUUCAAAUAAUGGCCGCUGUCUUGAUGGUCAAUCAGGUGAUGGCAAGUGCGAUUGCAUUUCCGGCUGGAUUGGACCAACCUGUUCCGAUAUUUGCCAUGCAGAAAUACAAUGCCACAAUCAUGGCAGAUGUUUAGGCAAUGGCCAGUGCAUGUGCCACACAGGAUGGAGUGGUUCAGAUUGUUUAACACCCGUUGAUGCCAAUAUACAGUCCAGAAUGAUCGUAGGAAUUGUUUUUUACUCGGCAUGUGGAUUAUGUUUCUUAAUUUCCUUUAUUUUCCAACUCUGCAAGAUGGAGAACUCCAAUCCACUUACUCACAUCCUGUUAUUCGUGUUCUUGGCCCUUAAAGUCGGUUCCGCCGUAUUUGUAUUCAUAAAUAAGAAGUACACAGACAUUUCUGACAUGUUAUUCCUACUUCCUACAGCCAUAUUAGCGUUCUGUUUGUUACGAUCAAUAUCUCUGAUCAAGAAUCAGUUCAUGAGCACUUCACCUCACUUCAAAUAUCUUUUAUUGUCAUAUUCCUUGUAUAUUAUACCAUUACUCAUUCUUAUUAUCUCAAUUUUGUGUCCUCUCAUGUGGCAGAAACUGUUAUUAUACACAGUUGCAAUUCCUUUCGGAAUUUUGUCACUUUUUGUCUUAAUUUUCUCAGUUAUUACGAUGUUUAUUGGAAUGUCCGGACCAUUUGAGAAAAUGGAAGACUUAUUCCCACAUUUAGCCUACGAAUUGAGAUCCAGCAGAAGAUACGUGAUGUGUGCAAGUAUUUUCUAUUUAGUUGAUGCAGUUUUGUCAUGGUAUGCAAUUGAUGGUCCUGACCAUAAUUUUAUCGUUAUUGACUUCACUUAUUAUGCAUUGAUAUAUGUUGACAUUUUUACGAUUACUUGUAUUGGAUUGGCCAAUUCUGCAGCUUUGAGUGAUAUUUUCAGUGUUAAAGGUGAUGAUAUACAAUUUAUUCCUGCGGGAAUUGCUUCUGUUACUGAUUUGGAAGAGAAUGAAACAAUGUCUGCAUUUUCUGUAACAGAUGGUAGUGAUUUAUCAAGUCGGCCUUUGUAUUCUGUUGCUCCUGGUGUUUAUAAAGAUGCAGAAAACAAAUUUAAGCGUGGAGGAUUAUGUAGAAAAUGUUUGAAACUUUUGGCUUUGUUUAUUAUUAUUCCUAUAGCCAUUGUUGUUGUUUUCUUGGUCGUAGUUCAUCCAAGUAAUCCACAAUGGUCAUUAGUCAGUGUUUUGUAUGACAACAGUCAGUUUUUCAAUGACACAAUUUCAUUUUUGCCGAAUAUAACAAUUAAAAACAAAAUGAAAGUGUCAAUGAAUAUAACAUCUGUCGCUUUGACUCUGCAGUCAAAGAACUUGACAAUAGGUUCUACAAACACUGUUUCUCACUUAAUAAACCAAGGUGGAUCAACUCAUAUUUUUGAACCGAUAAAAGUGUCAAAGGCCACUUCAUUUUUGAACAAUAUCAAGGCAGGUGAUGGCAGAUUUGUUUUAACAACAAUCUGUGAGGCAUAUCCAACAGCUCUUGGUUUCAUUAAGAUGCAUUCGAAAGUGAAAUGCUCUGAAACACUUCAGAUGUUCCCUACUUUUAAGAAUUUGGACACAAAUCAGAGAUGUGAAGUCGUAAUCUCUAAAAUGAGUCUCAAAUAG